AUGAAGCGUGUGUAUUUAUCGGGUGCUGCGAAGAAGAAGGCAAAAAAUGAAAAAAAACUUAAAGAAGAUAAAGGAAAACGUCAUUUACAUGAUUUCGGUUGGUGUACGUCAAGUAGGAACUUGGCUCAAAAUGAUAUAAACGAGCAACAAUGUGAUGUUGAUGACCCCAAAGUAUUAGAAAAUGAAAAAACCGUAAAUAUUCAUGUAGGAGAGUCCAAAAAAAGUAAAAUUGAUGAUACAGUUGUUCCAUAUCCAAAAGAAAUUAAUGAAAACGUUAUUAACACACAAAAUAAUGAGGUAGUUAAAUGUAUACCAAUGAACGAGAAUGAAAGUGUAAAGGAAUUAGAUAAAAAUGUUAUUGACAGUAAUAUAUUUUGUUCCAAAGGCAUUAUUGAAGCCAAUUAUAACAAACAAUCUGACGAAAUGUUUAAAUUAAGUAACGAUCCAGCAACUUGGAAAAAACUUAGUUUGUCAGAUCGCGACUAUUUAGCUGCAGUUGGUCCACCUACUAUGCCAUCAAAGUUUCCCCAUGAUGAACAUGAGAAUCGCUCUUUUCCGAUUUCACUUUUACAAAAAACCUUACCUAAUAAAGAAACAGUAAAACGCGACUGGCUUGUAUGGAGUACACUAAAAAAUGCUUUAUUUUGCUUUCCGUGUUGUCUUUUUUUAAGAGAUGAUGAAUUUGAGCCAUCGGGUUUAUGUAGAAAUGGUAUUGAAAAUAAUUGGAGAAAACUGUAUGACAAGAUCGAUAACCACGAAGGGAAUACGAAGCACAUAGAAAGAUAUUUAUUAUGGAAGGACUUGGUAGAAGCAAUAAAUGGUAGGAAAGGGAUCGACAAAGAUUUGCAAGUUUCUAUUAACACAGAGAAAGAAAAAUGGAGAAAACUCCUUCGGAUAGUAGUAGAUAUCACAUUGUUUUUAGCAGAAAAUAAUUUGCCAUUUAGAGGCAUACACUCAACGAUCGAUCAUGAUGACUGUGGACUUUUUAUUUCAACUGCAAAAUAA